GUAUCCUUGACACCGUCGGACAGAAUACCAGACUUGUAGCAGGCGUUGCCGAAGUUCCAUUUACUCGUCAUUCUCCGAGCUGAGCCUGUCUGGACCGGCCACCUUACAGAGAGCAGUUCAGAAAUCUCUGAGCUAGUACAUCAUCUAGGGCGCCUUCCAGCUCAACCCGUAUAUUCGUUCUCAAAAGAGAAAACGUUGACCAUGAUUCUGUGGACCACCGAUUCGAACGAGGCGCUCACAUUGUCCCUCGUUCGCGCUCCAAAAGACAAAGAGGUGUUAGGAGAAGAUGAAUCAUACGAGAACUUCCACCCUACAUUCACAUAUCCAAUUUUUGGCGAACAAGAGAAGAUAUAUGGGUAUCGGGAUCUGGUCAUAAACCUCAGCUUUGCCUCAGGCUCACUAGCAUAUUUCCUCGACAUCAAUUCCUCUGCUACGCUCGAGAGCUCGUCCACGAUUGACGAUGUGCGGGGGACGCUGGAACAGUUCAUUCCCGCAGAUUACUACAAGACGGAGGAGGCGUUUCUAGGAAGAGUGGAAGAGGAAGCGGAUACGUUCCGGCCUUUUGGCGAGAAGGUGUAUUCAUAUACACGAAUGGCUCCGGGCGCCGCGGGGAAGGGGAAGGGCGUAGGUGCGCUGGACGAGGCGGACGCAGACGCAGUCGUGUUCGAGGUGUGGCAUGCCAAAUGGAACACGCCUGGGUUCAAGAUGUACCAUCGACGGAUGCAGCUUUUCAUCCUGCUCUAUAUCGAAGCAGGGUCAUAUAUCCAAGAAGGGGAGGAAUCGUGGGAGUUUGUCGUCCUUUUUGAAAAACGGAAGCGACGCACAGCGUCGCCAGUCGAGACGUAUCACUUUGUCGGAUACUCGUCGCUUUACCCGUUUUAUUGCUAUCCCGAGAAGGUCCGACUAAGGCUCAGCCAAUUCAUCAUCCUCCCGCCCUACCAACACAAAGGCCAUGGAUCCGGCUUGUAUAACGCAAUCUACCAAUAUGUCCUCUCCCAGCCGCUCAUCGCCGAACUCACCGUAGAGGACCCCGCAGAAGCGUUCGAAGACCUGCGCGACCGGAAUGACCUCAAGAUGCUCCUGAAUCACGAACAAUUCAUGUCGGAGGCUUUUGGCGACGCUGGCGUGUCUACAUCGAGCGGGGGCGGAAAAGUAGGUGGCGUUGGCCCACAGAGGAGAAACAAAACAAAAGCGUUCGGCAAGACUCGCGGUAAGCUGGAACCUCCCGCUGACAAGGCGUGGAUGGAAAAGUGGAGAAAAGAUUUGAAAAUCGCUGCGCGGCAAUUCAACCGAUUGAUGGAGAUGCUCAUCCUCUUGCACUUGGACCCAGCAGACGCAAGGGCGAUGCGUGCCUACCGGUUGCAAGUCAAGGAGAGAUUGUAUCGCUUUAAUUAUGCAAGUCCAUCCAUUGAGGUCCUAGUGCAGUUGGAGGACAAGGAGCGUCUAAAAAAGCUCCAGGAGACAUUCGACAGCGUCCGGGAGGACUAUCAACGGAUAUUAGCCAUGGUCCACUAACGAUAUUGAUCUCAUGGCGAGAUCUUAUGCUCGCUCUGCCUGCGACAUGGCUUUGUAUUUUAUUAUUGUUAUCGCAUGGCCUCGCCUCUUCCACC